AUGUCAUUUGACACCGGUUACUGGACAACUCCCAGCCAUGUUAUCGCUGCCGGUAUUGGCUUGUCCAUCUUGGAUAUCGCCUUUGUGUCGCUAAGAUUCGCGGCGCGCAAGAAGCAAAGACAACCUUUGAAAGCUGAUGACUGGCUUCUCGUGCCUGCGACCCUUCUUAAUAUCGGAAUUGGUAUCGCUAUGGUGUAUGGCGUAUCCAGACAUUCUUUAGCCUACCCCUUUGAGGUGCCCGCAGAAGCGGACGGAAAUGGGCUCCUCGUCGCGACCGAGCAAAUCAGCCUCGAAGGCAAAAUUCAGUGGGCCUAUACUCUUAUGCUCCCAUUGGCACUAGGAUUUACUAAAGCGAGCUUCGUCUGCUUUUAUAGGCGAAUCUUCGCUGUUAACAGGUCAAGCAAGACGAACAUAUUUCUCGUUGGAAUGAUUGUCUUCAUAAUUAUAUGGAUGGCAGCGUUCUUCUUCGCGUUUCUAUUUCAAUGCAGGCUGAACUUUUGGGCGCUUUGGACUUCGCCCAUUGCCAUCUUGGAGCAUUGCGUUAGCGACACACCGAUCAACUUCGCACUAACCAUUACCGAUGUCGUCACCGAUGUGAUAAUCCUUAUUACCCCGAUCCCAUUAGUUUGGCGCUUGAAACUGACAUCAGUCAGAAAACUUGCGGUCACCGCCGUCUUUCUCCUGGGAGCAGUGACCGUAUUGGCUUCCAUAGUUCGCCUAGCUAUGACCACUAAGAUUUUGCAAGUGGGAUUCGACCCUAAUGUUGACGCUAUCCUAACAUCCUUCAUAUAUUGGGGAAUGGCCGAGAGUGGAAUUGCUGUGUUUGUCGCUUGCCUCCCAACUCUCUGGAUCCUAUUCAAGGGAUGGUCGUGGAAUCAUUUGGUCAGAGUCGCCAGGAGCAUUGCCGACUCUAGCCUUUCUAGUUUGCGCUUGAUAAGAACGCGGACGAGUGGGAGCAAAGAAGAUUUGGCCACUGGGUACUCCGUCAAUGGCACGUCUCUGAGGAAACUGAGCACUUCGACGCCAUCAGAGUCUCCGUUCGCCGCGGACGCUCAGUUGAUGUCAACCACCGACUCAAGAGACAUCGAACUUGGUCGAGUGUAG